UUUGUUGCAUAAUGGACAAGUAUGCGACUGGUGUUGUUUCAUUAUCCUAUUAGACAUUAUUAUACAUUUAUUCACAUUCAUUAUUUGUUCAAUAAAAUUUGGAAGUACAUGUGAAUGGGCCCAAAGUAGUAGUCUUAUCGUCACCAAUGAGUGAAUUAUGAAGCAGCCGUACGACUACGUAGUGUAUGCUGAUAGCAUAAUUUAUCUGGUUAGCUCUGGUUAAGCCUCCACAAAUGCUUGCAUUUAUUAAUUGACCUAAUUUUGGAUUAAUGGAAUGAAAUAUCCUUGUGAAUUGAAUGUAGACCUCGCGCUCAUUUGACACCAUCAAGGUAAUUGGUUUGGUGGAACCUAGUAUAUUUUUUAUUACGUUUCACACAAAUCUUACUUCUUGAAAUAAACUCAUCAAUCACGCUAGAGUCGAGGCAGAAACAGUCCUACAACCACUAGUGCAAUUAUGACAAUGAAUGUUGGUGCUAAGCUUUGGUAACUAUAAGACUAGUGUGAGGUUGGUCUUAGAGAAGUUACAUGUUGUAGCACUAGUUUGUAUUCUCUUUUAGGUGGAAUGUAAGUCGUAAGAAGCGGAAAACAACAGGAAAGAAUUAUCUCUGAACAUUAAAUGAGUAGCAUUAAGUUUGUAAAUAAUGUAUACUCACAAAAGAAUGUUAGGAAUCACUUUCUUUUGUCCAGAGUGAUUGAAGCUUUCCGGUCGAGUAUGUCAAUUAAAUGGAGAAUCAUGUUGCUAGUUCCUGACCUGCAGUAAACUUUAAUAUCGUUUCGGAAUUAUUAUCGAUCUAUUAGUGAAGUAAAUUGUUUGAAGUAGUAUUGUGUUUCCGUACUUUUGAGAAGAUACUCCAAAUGUUUUUACAUUCAGCAGUUAAAGGGUUACUUUUAAAUUGUUUUACUUCAACAGGUUUGAGAUAGCUGAUCGGACGAUGUCUAACAAUGUUUUAUUUGAAUAUGAUUUUUUACAAAUAGGAAUGCCAUUACAAGUGUAUAAAGUCUAUCAUGCUAUGAAGGCACUAGACAUUACCAUCAGACCUUGAUCAUAAUUUGGAUAACCGUAUUUAUCGGUGUGGAAAUAAUGGUUGAGUCUUUUAUCGAUGAUUUUGCGAAAGUGAGUUUGGAGGAAAAUGAAUCUGAAGGAUGGUCUCGUGUAUGUUCUCGUAAAAUGAGACGUAAAUACAAAAAUGUACAACCAGUUAUGCAUUCGAUCGUUCAUCGACAGAAUGGAUACAGCUUACAUGUUAAUAUUUCUAAUCUUAUCGAAGAUGAUAACCUGGAAACACUCAUGCAAAGGUUUGUUGGUAUGCGAUCCAACUUCCUACUUUCAAAGUCAAAUAAGUCUUUCUUCGAUUGUUUAUUGCAUUCUAUUAAUCAAGCAUUUUCAAUCAUAUCAAACGAACAGAUUGGACCGGGGAUGGUCGAUGUUCUAUGUUUAGGAUUGGGCAGUCCAGCUGCAGAUCGUGCCAGUUUGCAUCAGUUAGUCGUAUUAGAUCUUCUGUUACAGGCUGACUCCCGAUUGGAUCGAUCACGUACCUAUUUAUAUGACCCUGUAUUCAAUUCUAUCGUUCGAGAGUUGAUACAAAAGCUUGGUAUGAAUAUCAUACCAGUAAAUAAACAAGGCUGUUACAAACUAUCUCCUGAUCGAUUUCAUUUCAUUAUACUACCACAUUGCGCUCCGACUCUUUUGAAUAAUUUAUUGUGUACUAAUUGGUCACCUAGUAUAUUAUCUCGUUUAGUACUAUUCUCUAAUGGAUGGAAUGAAAUUCGUCAAGAAUUGAUUGCUUCAGGUGAAACAAACAGUCAAAUUGCAGAUAAACUAGCUUAUAUUACUGCUCUUGAAACAGUAGUAGUUCAACUUCCCAAUAAACAAUAUAGUUCUUGGGAAUUUUUAAAUAAUAGACUUAAAGAAUACAGAAAUUUUGAAUGCAUGCGUGUACAGUGUUUUCCAUUAAAUGAAAUAAAUUGUUUACCAAAAACUACAUGGAAUAUACCGCCUUAUGCGGAAGACAAACAAAUAAAUGUGCCUUGUUCAACUUCAUUAGUACCUGAUGAUCGAUUUUCUUUGGAUUUGAUUAGUUCCAAUAUUGUACCAAAUUUUAUUGAUACUCUUGAUAAGAAUGAUAACACAAAUCAGAAAAAUGUUUGUAAAUGAACUUUAACGCCUUGUUUUUUUCAAAUUAUUUCACUUAAUAAUUCAAAGCUGGUGUGUAAGUAUUAUUAAUGUGUAUUGUGAUCUUGUUUAUACAUUGGGAAUUUUUUGAUGUUUGACUUUUGUACAUA